UGGGUGCGGCUGCAGUGACGUCACGGGGCAAGUCAGCUGGGCGAUCAGAAAACAAACACACUCCUGCAUCUUCAUCAAUAUAUGAUCAUUAGCAGAGUGACAGAUGUCAUCAGCCAGACACAAUCUUCUUUAAACCGUUUCCGGUGAAAGAUUCGUCCUUACAUAUUAGGUGUGGUAAAGCGACAAAAUUUAUUGUUGACAUUCUGUGUUUAUGCGAUGAUCACAUACUGCAGCUAUGCAGUGUGGAAGUGCAAACAAAAUGUGAGCAGGUUCACUUCCUAUUUGCAUCUUUGAGUCAAGAUGGCUAAUGACUUGGUCUCCUGUACAACUGAAGGGCGAGGGGCCGUUUGCUCUGCUCAGCCUUGUCCCAGACAGAAAUAUUGCAGCAAUGGUCAUUCACAGGGACUGCUAGAGGGGCUCCUGAUGCUGCGACAAGGGGGGAUUCUGUUUGAUGUGGUUCUUAUGGUAGAAGAUAAGCCCAUCCAAGCUCACCGUAUCCUUCUGGCAGCUUCAUGUGACUAUUUCAGGGGAAUGUUUGCUGGAGGUUUGCGGGAGAUGCAGCAAACUGAGAUCCCUGUUCAUGGGGUCACAUACACAGCAAUGACUAAACUUCUGGACUUCAUCUACACCUCUGAGCUGGAGUUGGACCUGGAAACAGUGCAGGAGGUGUUGUGUGCAGCGACCCUUCUACAGAUCCAAGAUGUGAUUGGCUUCUGCUGUGACUUCCUGUUCUCCUGGCUGGAUGAUGAAAACAUCCUGGAGGUGGAGAAGCUAGCUGACAUCUAUGGCCUGAAUCAGCUCGGGGAGAAAAUUCGCUCCUAUCUCCUCAAAAAUAUCCAGACGUUCUCACGUACACCAGUAUAUCGGAAACUUCCUGCAGAAAAGGUGCUGAGCAUUCUUUCCAGCAAUGAUCUGGAGGUGAGCUCAGAGAAUGAGGUGUUUGAAGCAGCCCUGCAUUACCAUUACACACCUGAACAAGUGGAGAAGGACCAGGUGUGCUUACAGGAUCCAUUGCGGAUGUUGGAAGCGGUGCGGUUCUGCCUAAUGGAGAAGCACAUCCUACAGCGUUUGCACAGUCGAUUAAAACAGUGCUCGCUGCGGGACUGUGUGGCCGCCGCUCUGCGUUACCACAGUCAGGAGCUAUGGCAGCCGGUGAUGCAAACCCCACUUACUCAGCCACGCUGCAGCUCCCAAUGUAUUCUGGGCUUUGGUGGCAUGUAUUCAUCCAGCGCACUUGUGGACAAUGAAGAGCGCUUCCAGGUGUUCCAGCCCUCCUGGGGGGAGUGGCGUAGUCUCACUGCAGAUCGGGCUCCUCGCAUGUCCAACAUGGGAAUUGGGGUGCUUAAUAACUUUGUCUACUUGGUUGGUGGAGACAAGAACACAAGUGGCUUCCGUGCUGAAGCUCGAUGCUGGCGGUACGAUCCUAGGCACAACAGCUGGUGUACGAUUGAACCGUUACAACAACAGCAUGCGGAUCAUUGUGUCUGUGUGGUUGAUAAAUAUAUCUACGCCAUCGGAGGACGCGAUUACACUAAUGAAUUGGACUGUGUUGAGCGUUACAAUCCUCAAACCAACACCUGGGAAUAUGUGGCACCGCUGAAACGAGAGGUAUAUGCCCACGCUGGAGCAGUGAUUGAUGGCAAGAUCUACAUUGCGUGUGGUCGCCGGGGAAUGGCCUAUCUGAAGGAGACCUACUGUUAUGAUCCCACUGGCAAUUACUGGAGCAUAUGUGCUGAGGGCCCGGUGGAGCGCGCCUGGCAUGGAAUGGCAGCACUGAAUGGCCGGGCUUAUGUCAUUGGAGGAAGCAACGAUGGUUGCGGUUACCGACGAGACGUCCUCAAGGUGGCAUGCUACAACCCAACAGCAGAUGUGUGGUCUGUGGUGAGCCCAUUGCCUGCUGGACAUGGAGAGCCAGGGAUGGCCAUUCUCGAUGGAUGCAUAUACGUCCUGGGUGGAAGGUCACAUGAUAAGGGCAGUCGCAUGAAGUACGUACACAUUUAUAAUGCAGAGGAGGACCAUUGGGAGAGCGGAACAGCCCUCGAGGACCGCGUAUCCGGGCUUUCAGCUUGCGUGGUUCUUCUGCCUCAGGCAACCGUGGCCCAUGCACGCAGCUGGGAACAGAGAGCUAAAGCAUCAUGGGAGGAGGUAGACUGGGACGACUCUGACAACUCCAGCGAGGACUAAUGGUGUUUGUGCUAUGCAAAUAGCGCGUACAAUUGCAAAGUGAGGGAAUGAUAUAUACUUUAUUAAAUUCAAGAAUCCUAAGAAAUUCCAUAAUCAAGUUUUAAUUUAAAAAAAAAAAUACAAAUUUAUGAACAGUUAUGGGUAAUUAAUAUAUUAAUUUUUAAAUCUAAAAGACUGUUGGCCUGUUUAUAAACAGCUACAAAGAAUGUUGGAAGUGUUCAGGUUCUUAAAGGAAUAGUUCACCCAAAAAAAUAACAAUUCUGUCAUAUUUACUCAACGUCAUGUAGCUCCAAACCCAUAUGAAGUUGUAUGAAAAAUAUUCACACUGCUUUUUACCAUAUAAUGAAUGUGAAUAGUGACUCCAAAAUGUCAAGAACCAAAACGGAAAAAAAUAACACCAUAAAAACACAGUAUAAGUAGUUGAUACAAAUCACACUGUAUUUGAUACUGUAUUUAAAAAGUCAUACGGGCUUUGAGUGAUAUGAGGGUGAGUAAAUAAUGAAUGAACUUUCAUUUCUGGGUGAACAAUCCCUUUUAAGAUUAUUUAAAGGUAUAGUCCGGGUUCAAUACAAGUUAAGCUCAAUCGACAGCUUUUGUGGCAUAAUGUUGAUUACCACAAAUUUAAUUAAAAUUAAAAUCGAGGUUACAGUGAUGCACUUACAAUGGAAGUGAAUGUGGCCAAUUGUUGGAGGGUUUAAAUUCAGAAAUGUGAAGUUUACAAUUUUAUAAAAGCACUUACAUUCAUUUUUCUGUUAAAACUCAUGUAUUAAGCUGUAAAGUUGUGUAAAUAGUCAUUUUUACAGUCAUUUUAGGGUUUGUAGACAUAACAUUGUCAUUGCAACGAAGUUGUAAAAUUGACUAUAACCUCACACAGAAAAGGUUAGUAAGAGAUUUUAUCACACUCAAAUAAUGUUAACAUGCAUAUCCUUUAUGUCUUGUGGCUAUACUUAUUAAACAGUAUUUUAAUGUUAAAAAAUUGGCCCCCCAUUCACUCCCAUUGUAAGUGCCUCACUGUAACUUCAAUUUUAGCUUUUUUAAGAAAAGGAGGAACAAGUCAAAAAAAAAAUUUGUGGUAAUAAAUAUUAUGCCACAAAUGCUGUCGAUUGAGCUUAACUUGUAUUGAACCCAAAGUAUUCCUUUAACUCCAAAUCACACUCCCUCGUAUUGGGGGUUAUUUUACUGACUGGUUGAAUCUUACAAAGAAAUAUGCGGGUUCGGGUCAUUUCACCCCAAAAUCAAAAGUAAAGAAUAAGAAAUCGAAUUUCCUGUUAUUUUGGUUUUGGUUUUGGGCUGAAAUACGACCUGGAGAUUUCUGGAUAGUUUUUGUGAGAUUCACUCUGACUGUUUUAGCUUUUUGUGCCAUUGUAGUCAUGUUGACACUCUUAUUUCUGUUCUGUUCUGAACUUGAAUGAUCAAGUGCAACUAUAGGAAACUGUUGUUGAUGCUAACACUGUACAUGCACUUUAAGAAUAGAGGUGAUCUUGUUUUGUUUAAAAUGAUGGUGCCUUUACUGAUAUUUUUGGUAAGUCCAAUGCCUUUUUAUUAAUAGAUUUGAAUUAAGUGCAAUAACAGGAUUUUCAAAGAAAUAAUUACAGUUUUGGAAGUGGUCAACAGGAUAAUCUAGUGAAUGCUGAAAUGCUAGUGUGUUGGCUGCUGGGUGACUCCAAAGAGAAAUGGUGGAUUCCGCACAAAUGGAAAGUUAUUGAUUUUAACAGUGUGAACUGUUAUUCAAGAUUCCCCCAUUUUGAAAUGUUUUAAAAAAGCAAUUAUGUUUCGUGAAAAAUUCCUUUAAGUAAAAUAUUAUGAAAUGUACUUUAAGUACUGCUUCUCACAAUUAGCUUUUUGUUGUAUCUGUUUUCUAAAUGGAAUAUAUCGUACUUAUUGUCACUUUAAACUUUAGGCUCUAAAUUUCUGAUUUCUUUGUUGAAUGUCAUGAUCAGGAUCAUCAGCAUAAUAAAUCUUUAUUAAAAAUCUUUAAAUCUUUGAAAUAUUUAAUAUUUUAAUAAUUCACUGAAUAUUUUUAUUUUUGUGCAAAAUAUUCAUGAUGUUUCAUAUUAAAUACAAAUAUACUUUCACUUAUACCUUAAUGGUACAAUACUUAUUUUCUGACUGUAAUUGCUAACACCAAUUCAUCUAAUUUUAUGUAAUAUUUUGAAGAAAAAAAACUACAACUUUAGUGUUAUUACUACAUUGUUAUCCGUUUGCAAUGUAAAAGGUCAUUAAUGAGCAUUUAAAGAGGCAAUAAAGAGGAGUCAGUUG